AUGGAGAAUAUUGGUCAUCAACAGCAAGCCGCCGGGGCUUUUGAACGAGCUUGGAGCCGGGUUAAGGCAUUUCCCGGCGGUUUAAAUAUCCGAAUUAUGGCAAAUGCAAAGGCUGUGAAAAAGCUGGCGCAAGAUGAUCCGAGAAGAGUCACUCAUUCCCUGAAAGUAGGACUUGCUCUUACACUAGUGUCUUUGUUAUACUACACUCGGCCUCUUUAUGAUGGGUUUGGAGUUUCGGGGAUGUGGGCUGUUUUAACCGUCGCUGUUAUUUUCGAAUUCACUGUAGGUGGUACCCUAAACAAAGGUCUUAACAGAGGUCUCGCAACAUUUCUAGCUGGUGCUCUGGGCGUUGGAGCUGAACACUUAGCAAGUCUCUUUGGAAAGACCGGAGAGCCCAUUGUUCUUGGAACCCUUGUCUUUCUUCUAGCUGCAGCAUCGACAUUUUCAAGAUUUUUCCCGAGAAUCAAGCAAAGAUACGACUAUGGGGUGUUGAUAUUCAUACUGACAUUCAGUCUGGUGGCGGUUUCGGGUUGUCGGGUCGACGAAAUCAUAGUGCUGGCGCACGAGAGGCUGUCAACAAUUUUAAUUGGAGGAGCAACCUGCAUGGUCGUCUGCAUUUUUGUUUGUCCAGUUUGGGCUGGUGAAGAUCUUCACAAGUUGAUCGCUUCAAAUUUAGACAAGGUUGGCAGUUACCUAGAAGGAUUUGGAGGUGAAUAUUUUGAAAUAGUGAUAUUACCAGAGGAGAAAGGGAGUUGCAGUGAUGUAUCAAAGGAUGACAAGUCGUUUCUUGAAGGAUAUAAAAGUGUUUUGGGUUCAAAAAGUUUAGAAGAAACAUUCGCUAAUCUUGCAAGAUGGGAACCUGGACAUGGACGAUUCAGACUCCGUCACCCAUGGAAACAAUACUUGAAGAUUGGAGCUCUUACUCGCAAAUGUGCUUACCAUAUUGAAGCUCUUAAUGGCUAUCUCGGCUCUGAUACCAAAGGAUCAACAGAAUUCCUUGGUAAAGUCCAAGGACCAUGCACAACCAUGAGCAAAGAAUCCAGCAAAGCCUUGAAAGCUUUAUCCUCAGCAAUCAAAACAAUGACAAACCCUUCACCCGCCAACCUUCAUGUGGAGAACUCAAGAACUGCCAUUAAAGACCUCAAGAUUGCUCUUAGUGACGCCUUGGUCGAGACCAACGACCUUCUAGAAGUUGUGCCAGGAGCCACAGUCGCUUCAAUCCUAAUUGAGAUCGUUAAAUGUGUCGAAAAAAUUUCAGAGUCAGUUCACGAACUUUCUAACCUAGCACAUUUUAAAGACAUUGAAGCUACAGUGUCACCUGAGAAAUCACAACAGUUGCUUCACCGGGGAAGUGUUAACCCGGUUAAUUUAGAUGGUGACGACGAUGAACAUGUUAUCAUUACGAUACAAGACCAUCACGAUUCACCAGAGCUUGUAAGUAAAGAAAUUCAGAAACAAAAGGACCAUCACGAUUUACCAGAGACUGUAAGUAAAGAAAUUCAGAAACAAAAGGCUGGUCAUCAUGAUCAUGGUGGCAAGCAACUAGAAGUGUAA